UGUCACGUGACGGGAAAUGAUGCAAUUCUGGCGCUGACGCACAAUCUUGACGUCUUUAGUGUCUUCUUUUUUGAAAAAGACUUUAAAUCAAAUGCUUGAAAUGAUUGACAUCUUUAAUUUGCCGUUAAAAUCAACUCUAAGGAAGAAAUGACGCGUGAUACCUGGAAAUAUAAAAAAAAAGCAACUCUCUACUUCCGUUUUCGUGGUCAGGUAACCAUCGAAACACAGCAACGGAGCGCCAGGCACGUCGAGCGUCAAAGAGACUUCAGCAUAAAUUCAGCAUAACAUGACCUCAACUGGAGUGGGCGCGGCCGCCGAGAACACGCGGAAUGUCAGGAAUCGUUCGGCGAUUCCAUCUUUGCCUCUAGGAGAAGGAGUCAAGUUGUGUAAAGAAGGGGGCGUGGCUGAAGUGUUGUCUAGAUGGCGAAUCCAUUCCCAAGAGGACCCCCGGACCCCCCGUCGCCCGCCCAUCACCGACUUUGUGGCCCUCAACACAGAAGCGAUCAAAUCCGGUCACCGGACGGCCAAACAAUUUAGGGAUUACAAAGCACAAUUGGGUGCGGCCAAUACUCUCCCUACCCCCAAGACGCCGAGGGGCAGGGCUUCGCAACGGCCGCAAAUUCCCGACAUCACCUUUGGGAUGAAGAACAGGGCGUCGUCUCCAAUUUUUGACAUUUUGGCACACGAGUAUGGCCGACGCUGGGUACAGGAAAACAUUAAAACUCGCAGCGAGUACGAGAGACGCCACACGGUCAAGUUUCCGCCCUUCGCCCACACGCGCGCUUCUAUACUCCGCACCAAUGCCGCACCUCCGCUCGUCACCGUCCAUCCACACACACGCACCCGAUACGCGCAGAUUGGCCCCGCCCUGGACACCUGCAGAAAACAUAUUUCAAGCACCAUAUAAAUGUAACAAUAAUUAUUAUAGAAGUAUGCAUGUUUAAUAAAAGCGCUG